GAAACAUUAAGGUCAUUAGAAUCCUCCUGAAACCAUUUGUGUGAAGUCGUUAAAUUGAGCUUGUGCAGUCCUCAAAGAAACUAAGGAAAAGAUGGCUCAAGGGAGAGGGAAGCAGAUAAGGAAGGUUCAAAAAGUGCCUCCACCUCAACAGCCAGCUACAACAACUAUGGCUAAUAAUGUGUCAGCUAGACCUACUGUGCGUGAGAAUGUGCCAGCAACGCCAACUAUGACAGAUAAUGUGUUUGCUACCCCUACUGUGCGUAAAAAUGUGCCAGCAACAACUACUGUUCAUGCUCAUGUUAGUCAUGUACGAGCAAGAGCUAACACGCCACCAAGAGCUAAUUUGCCACCACAAACCAACGUGCCACUACCAGCUAACGUGGCUCCAUCAAUUCAUCAACUGCCUACCCAACAAGAAAUCCCUUUUGUGGGCAUUGGCAUGAAAAGGAAGCGUGGUAAAUCAUGUGGUAAAGCUCUUCAGGAGCUUAUAAAGGCUAAUGGUGGACCUCUGCGUGUUGACUUUCAUCCGACCAUUCAUGUCCCUUCUGAUGACACAAUUUCUAAAAUGUUUACUUCUGAGAUAGGAAUUACUGUUCUGGGUGGGGCACCAGUAUGCAAAUAUGGCUGGUCUGAUAUUGAUGAAGAAGAUGAUAAGAGGUUGCUAAGAGAGGAAUUGCGGGUGUUCUUUACGGUGGACUUAAUUGAUCCAGCUGUUGUUGCGUAUGUGGAUUCCAAAAUGUCUACUGCCUACUCCCAAUUCAAGACUCGACUAAAGAAGGAAUGGAAAGCAUUUGGCUCACCUGAGCUAGGAAGAGCAAACUUGCCUAGUGCAGAUUUAUGGAAUGGGAGACCUGUCUCACAUUGGCAUUGGCUUUGUGUCAACAAAUACACCAACCAGUCUUGCAUUGAGAUUGCGGAAAAGAAUUCUGCUAACAGGUAUAUGCAACAACAUACUCACAGAGCGGGUGCACGGCCAUACGUGCAACAUGCUUUGGUGGCCUCUAAGGAGAAGAUGGAGGCUGAGAGGAAUUCCCUUUUAGAGAAGUUGUACCAAGAGGCACCCGAGAGUACUGCACAUGAUUCUAUCAAACGGACUUUGGAAGCUGAGUACCCAAUAAUUGCUAAGGAGCUUGGGAGGAGGGGUAGGAUGAUCCAUGGCAUUAGUAACGUCCCUCACAUACGUUCUAACAUACGCAGAGUAUCUGCAUGGGGUGGCAACAAUUCUGAGGUAGCUGAAUUGCGUGAUCUUAUUGACCAACUUACCUUUAACAUGCUCAGUAUGAAGGAACAAAAUGGACUAUUGAAGGCUCAAGUGGAAUGUUUAUUGAGGCAAUCUCCUGGGCAAAUGAGUGAGGAUGACUUCCCCCAUCCUAGCACCGACUUCUAAGACUUUGCUUGAGUAGUUUGGGUGAGCAUUUGCUAGGGUUUUGGUCUGAUGUCCCUUUUUGUGCAGUUAUAGCUUUUUACCUUGAUUAUGGUACUGUCUAGCAAUACUCAAGCAAAUCCAAUGUGUCCC